AUGAGAGUUUUGGCUGAAUUUGUAGAGUCAAAGGGUAACGUUGAGGAACAUGGCCAUGCUGGAAUAGCAGUGGACGAAAUACUCAGUGUUGUGGCAGACAUCCGAUUUGCUAACAUGGAUAGGAACGCAACCAAUAUUUUGGUACAAGAAGGCAACAACGGGUCAGUUAACCUAUUGCCAAUAGAUCACGAACGGUCCUUCUCCAAUAAUCUUACUCGACAACAAAACUUUAUUUUUUAUUGAUUCAAUGUCUAUUUCCUUUUGUCAUGUUGCUUAGGUA